AUGCAUCAUUCCCUCUUUGCAUUAAAGAAUCAUAACUUUAUAGAUAGGAAGAUCAUCUCAAGUUUUCAUAGCAAUAUGGACCAAGAAUGCCAAAUCAGCAAAUCUAGCAUGUAUGUCAAUUGGAGAAACAAACCAGCUAUAGAAGGCAAACACGGUGGAAUACUUGCAGCUUCUUUUGUCUUAGUUGUGGAGGUAUUGGAGAAUCUAGCAUAUCUGGCGAAUGCGAGCAACCUUGUACUAUAUUUGUCAAAAUUCAUGCAUUAUACACCAUCAAGUUCUUCAAACAUUGUUAGCAAUUUCAUGGGGACAGCGUUCCUCCUUGCUCUCCUUGGUGGAUUUUUAGCCGAUGCUUUCUUCACCACUUAUUGCAUUUAUCUUAUAAGUGCUAUAAUUGAACUCGCGGGACUUCUAAUACUCACCAUGCAAGCACGUUCAAGUUCUUUGAAACCAGAAAGUUGUUUAUCAGCAAACAGGAAUACAAAGUGCCACGAAACAGAAGGUGGUAAAGAGGCACUUUUGUUCAUUGGCCUUUAUUUGGUUGCAUUGGGUGUUGGAGGGAUAAAAGGGUCUCUUCCACCUCAUGGGGCUGAGCAAUUUGAUGAAGAAACCAUUCAAGGAAGAAAAAAAAGAUCGUCUUUUUUCAAUUACUAUGUUUUUUGUCUCGCUUGUGGUGCACUCAUUGCAGUGACAUUUGCUGUGUGGAUUGAAGAUAAUAAAGGAUGGCAAUGGGGUUUUGGUAUUUCCACUUUGGCAAUUCUGAUAUCUAUCCCCAUUUUUCUACUUGGUUCCAUGGUUUACAGAAUUAAAAUUCCGAAUGGAAGUCCUAUUACAACUAUAUUUAAGGUACUUGCUGCUGCAAUCUUCAACAAAUAUUUACCGAAAAACGGCAGAAAUGCAGUAGUUAACACAAACGUAUCUCCAACAUCAAAUUCAAACGAAAGAAAAGAAGAGAUAACAGAAGAUCUAAGCUUCCUCAAUAGAGCAAUUACCAAUAAGUCUAAUCUUCCAAGAUUUUCAGUCACUACAAAACAAGUAGAAGAAGUCAAAAUCGUCCUAAAAAUCUUCCCAGUAUUCAUUUCAACCAUAAUGCUAAACUGUUGCCUAGCUCAACUAUCCACCUUUUCAGUCCAACAAGCCGCCACCAUGGACACAAGAAUCGGCUCAUUACUUGUCCCACCAGCUUCCCUCCCUGUAUUCCCUGUCAUCUUCAUUAUGAUACUAGCACCCAUGUAUGAUCAUGUCAUCAUCCCAUUCGCAAGAAAGAUAACCAAAUCCGAAAUGGGUAUCACUCAUUUACAACGCAUAGGAACAGGGUUAUUUUUGUCGAUUAUGGCAAUGGCAGUUGCAGCUUUAGUGGAAAAGAAACGAAAAAAAGUCGCGUUUCAAGAAACCCUAAUGAACUCAACCCAACCUCUACCCAUUACUUUUCUUUGGGUUUCUUUACAGUAUUUGUUUCUUGGGUCGGCGGAUCUUUUUAGCUUAGCUGGCAUGAUGGAUUUCUUUUUUAGUGAGGCGCCAUUUAGCAUGAGAUCUUUGGCAACUUCUCUUUCGUGGGCUUCAUUGGCUAUGGGGUAUUAUCUUAGUUCUGUGCUUGUUGCGAUUGUGAAUAAUGUUACGGGUACCUUUCGUCAUACGCCUUGGCUCUAUGGAAGUAACUUAAAUCAUUAUCGUCUUGAAAGAUUUUAUUGGUUGAUGUGUGCGCUAAGUGGGGUAAACUUUGUUAUAUAUCUCAUAUGGGCGAAAUCUUAUAAGUAUGGAGCGAAAAUGGGUUCGAAUGAGACACAAAUGUUGUGUAAGUCAUCGGGAGUUUGAUAAUGUAAGGGAAAAUUAGCAUAUAUUCUAUAGAUGAUUGCGUAUGUGUUAGUAAGUUGAUGAGAGUAUGUUGUAUGAUCAUUAGAAUGGAGUCAUGCAUGGUAUUAUUACAUGUUACUUAGCAUCCGUUAAUCUUGAAUACAUG